AUGAUACGUUGUCCAUGUUCAAAGUGUGGCUUCCGCCUCUUACAAAAUAGAGAGGAUGCGUUUGAUCACUUGGUGAUCAACCCUUUCCCGUCUACUUACACAUUUUGGAUCCAUCACGGUGAGAGACGCGGGGUCGAGCGCUCUUGUGACGGACACGAAGAGCAAUCUGAACAACAUUUCAACGCCUCGAUGCUUGAUAUGGUCCACGAUGCGUUCAACUUCUCAGGACUUCCCGGUCCCGAAGAAGACUCGGAGCAUGAACCGGACGAGAGCGCUAUGGAUGAGUUGCCUAACUUAUACAAUGAACCUAGUCGAGAGACCCGCAACUUUCACGACCUACUCGAAGACGGGGAGCAGGAGUUAUACCCAGGAUGUACAAAGUUCUCUAAGUUGUCUUUCUUGGUGAGGCUCUAUCACAUUAAGUCCAUGUGCGGAGUGAGCGAUAAGGCCUUCGGAAUGAUAUUGGAGUUGCUCGCGGACGCGUUUGAGCAUGCCCAGAUUCCAUCCACUGUGCAUGAUGCCAAAAAAGUCAUAAGAAAACUCGGUCUCGAGUACAAGAAGAUAGAUGCAUGUCCAAAUGACUGCAUGCUAUACCAGGGCAACGACCAAGAGCUGACCAAAUGCAAGCAGUGUGGGACAUCGAGAUGGAAGCAUAAGACUAAGAAGAACUCUAGGGUGAGGAUCAAGACGGUUGUCAAGAAGAACGGCAAACCACAAGCGGCGAAGAUUCUUCGUUACUUCCCCCUUAUUCCACGAUUGCAGAGGUUAUAUAUGUCUAGUAAGACAGCCGUUGACAUGCUGUGGCAUAAGAGAGGUCCUAACUCUGAUGGUAUGUAUAGGCAUCCAAGGGACGCCGAGGCAUGGAAAUCAUUUGACGUACGAUAUCCCGACUUCUCUCGUGAUCCGCGUAGUGUUCGCCUAGCAUUGGCUAGCGAUGGCUUUAACCCUUUUGGGAACAUGAGCUCGAAGUACUCAAUUUGGCCAGUGGUUCUUAUCCCGUAUAACAUGCCGCCCUGGAUUUGCAUGAAACCCACUUCGUUCAUCCUCUCUAUGAUUAUUGCUGGUCCUAAAAUGCCUGGAAAUGACAUAGACGUGUACCUAGAGCCGUUGAUCAACGAGUUGAAUCAAUUAUGGAGGGGUGUUGAAACUUAUGAUGUAGUCGAGAAAAAAACCUUCAAGAUGCAAGCUGCGUUGAUGUGGACAAUCAGUGAUUUUCCAGGGUUGGGAAACUUAUCUGGGUGGAACACGUACGGUGGGAGAGCUUGUCCUGCGUGCAAUUUAGAUGCUGAAACUAACCUCCUUACACACAGCCAGAAAUGGUGUUUCAUGGGUCAUCGUCGCUUUCUCAAUCAUGAACACAAAUACAGAAAAGACCGGUACUCCUUUGAUGGAAAGUUAGAGGAUAGAGGUCCGCCGAUUAGAGUCUCUGGUAGAGACAUUCUCGGGCAGUUAGAGGGUGUGCAUGUCCAAUUUGACAAGGUGCAAUCGGUUACGGGGAAAAGGACACGCGGACAGCAAACUCCCAUGCAAGACGAGACUCCUUGGAAGAAGAGGAGUAUAUUCUUUGAGCUGCCAUAUUGGGAGAACAAUGAAUUGCGUCACAAUCUUGAUGUCAUGCACAUAGAGAAGAAUGUCUGCGACAACAUUGUAUUCACCAUAAUGAACGAGAAAGGUAAGUCUUAA